CUACAGAUGGUACAAAUGGCACUUACGAUUCAGAUGAGCGGAUCAAGCACACCAGCCACUUGGGCAGCCGACAUGUAGUAGGGGAAACAAAGACACACACACCUGCUCAGCUAUAAACCUAUCUGCCCCGCCCACCAAUCAACUGCGCGCUUCUUGCUACACCUGGUGCACAUAGUUGGGAGGGUGGAACACCAUCCCACCACAUUUGCAUACGGAAAUAGGAAGUAAACAUAGCAUUCUCUUUACGUCUGUUUCACGUCUUGUUUUAUUAUAGCCAAGCCACAGAAGCGAGCAGGUAUCAGAUCGUCCCUCCUGGACUUGAAUCACGUCUAAAACUCGCCUCGUCAGGAGGAAUCAUCACCGUUUUUUAGUGGCUAUAUUUAAGUCAACUUUUGAUUCACUGGAACCCAAUGGGUAAACCGAGAGUUACAAUCGCUGCUUUAGCAGGUAAUCGGAUGAUUUAUUUUUGGUUUCUGGGUCUUCUUUCUUCACCCGGAUGCGCUGCUCCCGUUUCAGAGACUUUCACAGUUUCAGUAAAGUCUCCUGUCUCAGUCCAGCGAGGCCAGACAGCCAUCUUACCCUGCUGGCUCACCCCCUCUCAGAGUGCAGAAGAUAUGGAGGUACGCUGGAAUCACUGGAAUGAUGAGUUUGAUACUCCAGUCCUGCUAUAUAAGGGAAGAACUUUCGACAAUUCAUCCCAGAAAGCUUCGUACGCUGGCCGAGUCUCAUUCGGCUUAAAGGAAGAAACAUCAGGUGGAUUAAAGGCAGGUGAUGUCAGCCUGAAGCUGGAAAACGUCACAAUUGAAGAUGCAGGAAAAUAUAUAUGCUAUGUCAGCAGCUCUGAAGAUUAUGACAGUGCAUCCAUUAGUCUGAGUGUGACAGAAACUGGACGCUCCCCUCUCCUGUCAGCAGUGAUGAAAGACGAUAACAAAGUUAAUAUGAGCUGCCAAUCUGACGGCUGGCAUCCAAAGCCUGAGCUGAGCUGGUCAGACAGCAAAAAAGCUCUCAUACCUGCUAAUGUGUCGUUUAGCAAAAACUCUGCUGGUUUUUAUUCAGUCCAUAGUUGGGUUCUGGUUUCCAGUCCUUCUGAGGUCUCCUGCUCUGUUGGGCUCUUCAAUGAAGCACCAAAAGAGGCCAGAAUGCACCUGGGAAAUCCUCCACCAUUACAAGAAGAGUCAGGAUUCUCAGCUGGAUGGGUGGCCUUUGGGAUACUUCUGGUAGCUGUUUUAGCUGCACUCGGAGCCUUGUACUUUCUGUACUUCAGGAAGAAAGCCAACAAAUCAAAAUCAGGAAAUGACGCAACUGAUGACAAUGAACCACUUCUGUCUGCAGCAACAUGGAAGCCAGCAACUCCAUCGGAAGCCUCCAAGUAUUAUGAAAAUGUUCAACUGGUGGACACAGGCAAUCCGCUAAUAACAAUACAGGGUUCUAUACUGAGAGAAAAUAUUAAUGCAAAGUUUCCUGAUGGAGACAGAGUCACCUGUCUCACUGUAGUCAGAGGAUCACCUGGCUUCUCUUCUGGACGACACUACUGGGAGGUUUCCUUAGAAACUGCAAAUAUAGACCUCCUCAAGACGUCUUGGUGGAUCGGAGUUACAGAUAAACAUGAAAUCCCUCAUGAUGACAGUUUCCCUCCAACCAAAAAAAAUGGUUUCUGGUUCUUGUCUUCUUGCCCCAAACAGGAGGAUACUCUUCAUUUUAACACUGAACCAGAGACAUUCAUUCAUGUCCAGUCAAAACCAAAAACAGUCGGUGUGUAUUUGGACUUUGAUAACAGAGAGCUCUCCUUCUAUAAUGUAGAAGAAAAAUGUUGGAUUGGAUCUCUGGCAGCAAAAUUCACAGGUGAAGUGUUCCCACUUUUUAACCCUGGAAAAGGUGACCCAGGAACUAUGAAGAUAUUACCUAGACCUGCGCAGGAUCAGUCAAAUAACACUGAACCUGUGGCGAAAUUACAGAAGGAGCAGGAGGAUUGAUCAUCCAGUUGCAAUCCUCUGCAACUGGAUGAUUGCAGAGAACUGGAUGUUUUGCUCCUUAAAAAAGAAGAAGAAAAACAAGACAAACCACAUUGUAUGAUUUUUAAAAAUCCUGUUUUGUUGGUAAUUUUUGUUCAAAUGUCCAUUCUUCUGCAGGUUCAGAUUCUACAGUAGUUGUCAUAGUAUCCUAGACAUUUGAGAACAUUCACUUUUUUUUUUAAUCACUAUGUUAAAUAAUUGAACACCACAAUGCUGAAGCUGGUUUUUGAUUUGUGGUGUGUUCAAGGACUAUGUCAAUUAUUUUCUAGCAUCUGAACCAACUUGGAUACCUCAACAUACCCGAGUUCUCAAAUCUGAACUGAAGUGUCUUGAUCUAAAUACAGUUUAUUUACUGCUUGUGUUCUCAUCAAUAUUUGACAAAACUGUACAUUUUGAUGUGGUGAACUAAUCUAAUCUAGCUAUGUAUCGACACAAAAAGAAAGUCGUUGAUUUUGAAAUCCACUUGAUCAGUAUGUCCCAACCCUUGUCCUUAAGACUCACCGUCCUGCAUGGGUUUAGGUGCUUCCUUUCUUCAACACACCUGACUCAGAUAAUUACAGCAUCAGUUAAUCAGCCACCAGUUGACAUCAAUUGUCCUGAGGCAGAGAAACGAAUAAAACAUACAGGGCGUUGUGUCUCGAGAACCAGGGUUAGGAAACAUUGCUCUUGUUUAGAUCAUAAAUGUGCAUCUCAAAAGUCUAAAUAUCAUCCAAAAGUUUAUUUCAUCAACUCAAUGUGAAAUGUUAAACUCUGAGACAGAGUGACCCAAACACAGUAACACCAUGAACAUUAAAGCUAGCAUUGGAACUUUUGGCACCAGUGUGGUCAGAUGCUGAGUCCUGCUGGAAAAUUGAAUCAGCAUCUCUGCACAGCUUGACAGCAGAUAGAAGCCUGAUGUACUCUAAUAUGUCCUUGUAGACAGCUGAUCUGACUUUGGACUAAAAUAAAGUGGACCAACACUAGCAGAUGAAAUGCAACCCCAAGUCAUCACUGACUGUGGAAAUUUCACUCUUCCUUCAGGAUCUGGGAAAUUAACUUAUGAAAAGACAUUGGGCCAUUGUGCAGCAGAUGAUUCUGACAUCUUUGGUCCAGGAGGAGUUUCACACAAGGAAUGUAAUAAUUUUGAAGCUCAUGUUCUGGAUUUGUCCAUGUGGCGACUCACACUCAGACUUCAGCUGAAGUUCAUGUACAUUUCCUUCAAACUCUUAACAGGCUAUGAUUAUCUUUGUUGCUUGUGGAGGUAUUGUCCCUUCCACUCAACCUUCCGUAAAUUUCUUCUCCGAGUACAGCCAGAUUCUUCAGGAUUGUGCUUUGGUAGAUUGCUCCCCCUUGUGGAGGGCUUUGGUUAGUGUCUACUGGACAACUGUAGUCUUUCAUGAUUGUCCAUGCAGGAACAGAAAAAUGUUCCCAAUGCCUGUAUUAAUUAAUGCAUUAUUAAUGCCUGUAAUAUUAUUUUUGUCAAACAGACAUAUUCAUUAGAUGUCAUUGCUUAUGAAAAUUUACAGAAAUAAUUACUUUAGAUUUUUCAUUUUGAAAUAAAUUACUAAACUACA